CUUCAAUUAAAACACCCUCAGUCAGUCCUUACCCCUCUCUCUCUCUCUUCUCCCCCAAAAACCCUAAUCUGAACAAGUAUCAAAAGCCCCCCAACUGUAUCUCCCUCUCCCUUCUCUUCGAAGAUACAACAGCUCGAGAUCAAAUCCCUGUUCGAAUCCGAUACUAUGAGAAAUCAAUGCCUCCGCCUUCUUCUCCUCCGCUGCCACUCUCCAUCUCAGCCUCGCAUUUCUCAGGUACACCAUCUUCGCUCCUUCACUUCCUCGCUCCUCCACGCACCUGCACGUGCACCUCUCGCGAUCCCGAUUCCCUUCGCACUCCGUCGUCGUUUCACGUCAUCCCCGGAGUUCGCCGUCGCGCCUCCCAAGCCACCGUCCGAUCAAGCUACUCUCUUAGCGGAAAUCUUCGCUAAACCUGAAAUGUCUGUUGACGAGAUUAAGUCUGAUUUAGAUGAUAAGAACGUUAUUAUGUCGCAUGAUUUGAUUUUGAAUGUGCUAAAGAAUCCCGAUAUUGAUCCUGAUGUUGCUAAGCGGAUUUUUAAUUGGGUUUCGGGUAGUCAGAGCGAGAUUUUGAGCUCUAAUUCGUAUAAUCUGAUGAUAGGGAUCUUAGGUGCUAAUGGUCUUGUUAAGGAAACUUGGGAAUUGAUUGAUAUUAUGAAAAAGAAAGGGUACGGUGUGAAGAAAGGCGCAUUUCUUAGAAUUUCUGAGAGGUUUAUGAAAGAUGGUGCUAGUGAUGAGGUUGAGAAAUUGAAGGAUUUGUAUGCUACGGGUUCUGCUAGCCGCAAGGACAAUGAUGUUGCCGGAGGAGAUUCCGGUGGAAGCGACUGUGUUAGGGUUUGUGAAAUAAUUGGGAAACAAGUUUGGGGAGAUGAUGUGGAGAAACAGUUAAAAGAAUUGAAUGUGGAGUUCUCGAGUGAUCUGGUCACGAGGGUGCUAGGGACUCUUGAAGUUGAUCCCAAUAAAGCAUUGAUUUUCUUUAGGUGGAUUGAGGAAUGUGGUGUCUUUGAGCAUGAUCAGCAUUCGUAUAAUGCGCUGGCUAGAGUGUUGGGUAAAGAAGAUCACAGUCAGAAGUUCUGGAGGUUCGUUGAUGAAAUGAGAAGUGAAGGGCAUGAGAUGGCGAGGGAGACCUAUGUUAGUGUCUCUCAGCAGUUUCUGAAGAAGAAAAUGACAGAGGAUGCUGUGAAUUUGUAUGAAUUUGCAGCGAAUGGUGGGAAUAAGCCGUCUGUUGAGGACUGCACUUUGCUCUUGAAGAAAAUAGUGGCCAGCAAGGAACUAGAUAUGGACUUGUUUCUGAAAGUAGUUGAGGUCUUCAAGGCCAAUGGAAAUUCAUUUACUGAUAACAUCCUCGAUGGAGUUGUGAAGUCUUUGAUUAGUGUGGGGAGGAUGAACGAGUGCAAUAGGAUAUUGGCAGCGAUGAAGGAGGCUGGUUACGUACCUUCUGGUGCUCUGCAACGUAAGGUUGCCUUCAAGCUCGGUAGGUUUGGAGAAACAGGAAAGGCGCUGGAGUUUGUGGAUAAGAUGGUGCCUUCCUCAGAUUACAUGACGUGGAUAUCUUUGGUUAAAGGAUUCUGUGAGGAGCAGAAUCUGGAGGGAGCAUCUCUUGGUGUUGAAAAGAUGGUUAAGAAACUGGGUGCCUCCACUUGUGGCGGGCGCCCUCUAGCCUUUUUGGUCGGCACAUACUGUCAGAAAAACAAGCCAUUGCGUGCAUACAAGCUUCUUUCGAAGAUGGUCAAUGAGGAAGGGUUAAGGCCAUGGCACUCGACAUACAGAACAUUAACGAGGAGUCUAUUAGCUAGAAAACAUUUCAAAGAAGCUCUAGGUGUUAUGUGUAUGAUGAAGAACCAAGGAUACCCUCCAGAUUUGGAUUCCUUCAUCCCCUACCUCGCCAAAAGAGGAACUACUGAAGAUGCUCUUACAUUUACACAAGGCAUGAUGUCAAAGAGACGCCCAGCGACUCAUGUGUUUCUUCGUUUGUUUGAGGCGUAUCUUUCAGCUGGAAGACAGUCUGAGGCGCACGACUUCCUGGCGAAAUGCCCAAGUCACAUUAAAGAUCAUGCUGAUGUUUUGGAUCUGUUUUCUUCUAAAAACUCUGGUGCAACCGAGAAGAAGGCUGCAGGUGUUGCUGUGUAGUGUUUAGAUGUAAAAGUUUUGUUUUUGGAACACUAUUGAGUUAUUGGUCCUGUUUUUCAAUAUUUGCCAAUUUAUUUAUAUUGGAAGGAUAUGCUGAAUCUUGAUAUGAACUGAUCAAUAAUGUGAUAGAAAUCUGAUUUUUGCACUGCCUUGCUUCAUAAA